AUGUCGACACGCUCGUACUCCAUCGUCGAACCCCACCCCAAUCCAUCACCCUCAGCACAAUACAUCUCAACCGGCCGCGGAGGCGCCGGCAACGCCAUCCGCACCCGGGGCGCCGACGCAACAGGCCCAGCCGCCGCAGCCGCCAUUCGCGCUUCCCUAGCCACCACCAAGACCUCGCCGUCCUCCAUGUCCACCCACUCAUCGUCCCAGCGACAAUGGUCAACCGUCGGGCGCGGUGGCGCGGGCAACGUCUUCCCGGCCUCGGAGCGCGCCAUCUUCUCCUUUGACGAAGAGCUCGAGCGCCAACUACGGCGCGAGAGGGACGUCGCGCCCGUGUAUCACGUCGGGCGAGGCGGGGCCGGCAACACCAUGUACGGCGCUUCCGGGUCGGAGAGGAACUUGAAGGUCGAGAGGCGAAUGAGCGACGACAGUGGCGCCAGCUUGGGGAGCACGAGCAGCCGGGGUAGCGAGGCCGGUGCGGACAUUAUCAACCGGAGCGUCAAGAAGGGGUGGAAGAAGAUCACGGGCGCGUACUGA